AUGCAGCCCUACUGUGGCGUAUGUGCUCUUCUUCUGGUGGCUCUUACCCUGAGUCCAGCAGCCACCACAGCACAGAGUGGAAACGAUGUCACUGGAGAAGAUGUCUAUCCCCCGCUGUGGGACCUCGCCCCUGAAAACCUGCUGGAUUUCCCAGUAAAGGACAACAAAAUUGUCAUCAAUGCUUGGAACUAUCGAGAGCGACUGGGAGUCUACAAGAACUUGCUAAGCUCUUCAGCCAAAUAUUUUACAGCCUUUGGAUCCCACAAUUUUGGCAAUAUUCUCUGGGGAUUGCCAUUGCAGCACGGGUGGCAAUUUCGUACAGGCAGAUUAGCAGAUCCUUCCAGGGUGACCUCCUGUGGCUACGAAGACGGAGACCUCCUGUGCAUAUCUGUGAGGAGCUGGUGGUCCUGUAUGAACUACUACCUGGCUGUCAUCCCCUUCCUGGGGGCGGUGGAUGCUGGUCUCUUCGGGCAGCUGCAGCACGAGAUAGAAAUAUUGCCCCCUGAGGAGCGAAGCGCUGAUUUCUGUUACAGCGUUGCCGACUGCCGGUCCCGCAUCCCCAAGCUCAUGGAUGAGUGGAAGGCCUAUUUUGAAUAUCUGUUGUCUACAGAACACAAAGCUGGGAGUCCCACAACCUUCAAACUGGACGAUGCCCUUGGUCUGAUGUGGAGAGCACAUGUUUCCUCCAUCGCGUACGCGCUGCCCAAGUUCCAGGACAGCUUAAAAUAUCUCCCUGAUCCAGAAGCAAACUUUGGUGAAGACUGGGCUAAUGCUGUAGAUUUCAUUGCAGCCACACACUUCUCUACAGAUUUACAGUCCACAAACCAGUUCCAGACCUUCCUGCCCCAGAGGAUGCUCGUUGAAGGGGAUGUCCUCCCAUCCAUCAGUGACUUCAGCCCACAGCAAAACCGAGUCCUGCUUUCACUGAGAGUCCUUCACAGAGCAAAUCAAUUAACAGGAGGACUGCUGCUGAAGCUCUGGAGAAAGGCUAUGUCUACCGAGGCAGGAAGAAAAAUGGGCCGAAAAUUGAUGGAGGACUUGGUUUCCAGCCAGAAGUUUGACCUGGUGGGAAUGUAUAACGAUUGGGAAGGAGCGGAUUUGACAGCGUUCGGUUUCUCAGGGAAAAAGCAGUUCCAGCAUUGAUUGAUUUAAUCUUUCAGCAGAUAUGUGUCUGGUAAUCUGGUCUUGGUAAUUUCUUGUGGCAGGAUUUCCUGGGUAGCCAUGUGUGCAUCCCUCUCAUAUUGAAUCAAUUUUUUUUAUCCUUAAUCUUCCUAAUUAGCUCAUUUGUUCAACUCAUUUCCUUAUAAAUAA